AUGUCGUUUCCUCGCGCACCCGCCAUUUUGAAGGAGGACCUAUAUGUUGAUGACAUACGCACUGGCGCGUCUACGGAGAGAGAGACUCUCCUUUUGCGUGACGAGUUGAUUGGAAAACUAGCCUCCGCAGGAUAUGAGUUGCGUAAAUGGAUCUCCAACUUGCCUGCGCUCUUGGAUGGGCUACCAUGUGACCACCGACCGAUGAACCAAAAUAGACGAGACAGUACAAAGACUAACGGGAAAUCUAAUGUUGAUUUAAAAAUAAAU